AUGUAUGUCAGCAAAUUCAUCACCGCCUUCUCUGCUCUCAUCGCCGGUGCCUCUGCCGCAACCCUUCCCCUCCGAUGGACCGGCAUCUCAAAUAACGCCGCGACCGCCGAGCGUCGACAGACCGACGGCAGCGCCACUUAUCCCACGACCCCAGGAAAUAUCACCUGGGCCGCACAAAACUACAUUUGGGGCUGCUCACCAGGUGGCUGCAGUGCCCGCUUCAACGUUAGCGCUCCAGCGGGCUACAGCGCCGGCGCGCCCGGCUUCAACGUUGUCUGCAGCCCCAUCUACAUCCAGCAGGGCUGGGUCCCCUGCCUGAACCCGGACAACAGCCCCCUCGGCGGGGAUUCGCAAGUCUUUACGAUUUGGACGGCCGGCGCGGACCGUGAGCGCAUGUACCUUGGCGUCGAGCACAUUUACAAGCGCCAGGAAGAUGGGCUCACCUGGAAUGCCACUGCCGGAACCGAUAUCCUGCCUGUCCAGAACAUGAGCAUCACGUUCCCUGUCAACACUGUUGUAGUUCUUGAGUCUUGA